CUUCCACGGCACACAACGUCCACGAGCGCAAAAGAAAGCAAUCGCCACAAAUUUCUGUGGCCGGAAUUUGAAAAAGGCCCCUUGAGCUCUCAUCGGAUCAUUGCUGUUGCUGUUGUCGAUUCAUUCCCAUCUUCUAGUACGGUAGCUAUUAAUCGCUCACCCCACCAGUUUGCGUUGGUGGAUAAGAGUGGAGUCGAGUCCCAAAGAGCAGCUGCGAACAACCAACUUGCGUGUAUGCAAAGGAGCGCCUCAUUAUUUCUGUGAGUGAAACCGAGAAACGUGCCCCGUGCUUCUCUUCCCGGAAGGUUCAGCCAUAUCUUCUUUUGUGAAAAUCACAACGCCAAAAGCAGAAGCACGCUGACCAGGACACGAUCGAAUUGAGACAAAACAAUCAAAAUAGAUAAGCAAACAAAACAACAAUGAGCGCCAUGAAGUCUCUUCCUCACACUCCCGUCGCAAGUACCGCCAGCACCAUCACAGCCACCAUGAUGGCCAAGGCUUUCCAGAAGAACCACCACAAGCGUGGGUUGGGAGAGAUGAUGGCUCCUCCGCCCACUCCUACGGCGUAUCCCAGCAACAACAAUUCCUCUUCUUCCUAUUUGGAUUGUCAAUCGUUGCAGUCCUCGUUGAAGCGCGUGCGUCUCUCCUCCAGUCCAGGAGAAUUGCGACUUCAGCGGGACUUGCGCCAUAUGGUCUCGUCAGGCACUUGGGUUCCUCAGCAAGACAACCGACACAAGAACAGCGAAGUCUGGAUGUGGCAUCCUCCGGCUCCUCCCGUCACGGUCAAGGCACACAAUCAACCACCCCCUCCUCACAUUGAAUUGAAAAAGGUGGAGAGUCUGCGCUUACGCCUGACAUUUCAGCACUCCGUCGUCGCGUGGAUUCAAGUGCCACGCAUGUACCCCCAUCGACCACCUCUCAUUAGUCGAAUUGUCUACCAAGACAACUAUGGAGGAAACAACAACAACACAAAACAGACCAUUCAAACCAUUGUCGUUCAUGAAGCACCACCGGGACGAUCCGAUGGUGCCAGUGUCAUUUCUCCAGAAGAUCAGCCACACCAAAUCAAAAACAAUGCGAAUCCCAUUCAUCAAGGAAACACGGUCGUUUACCACAAUUGGUCGCCCGUACAGCGAUUGGGAGAUUUACUCGAAUUUGUCAUUGACACAUUUCGAAAACAACACAAUGAAAUACACGGCACAUACAACAUCAACCUCAACAAUCGCCGUCACUCUUGCGCCAAUGAUGUCUCCUUGACGUACUCGUCGUCCUCACUCUCGUCCAACUCCUCGUGGAGUAGACGAUCCUCGGGCAGUAGCAUCACCACGGCAGCAUCCGCCAACACGGCGGGAUAUCGCACGUCCUCCUCGUCACUCUUUCCAGGGUGGAAUAAUAAAGAAGAACAACACUCUUCCGAUGUAUCCAUGAUCACCACAACACAUUCAAAUUUGGCGUCGGCCUUUUUGACACCCAACCGAUUUGAUAUCGGGUACGACAGAGUUGUUCCUCCCGCCACGAUGGAUCUGGACACUGUGGGCAUUCCACAGCAAGUAUCCAUGAUGGACCUUUAGAUUUGGAAUCUACAGGAUUCAUUCAUUCAUUCCGCCCGUGCGACGAGGCGCUCUUGUGGUGACUUUUCCCCUUCUGGUGACAAGCAAUUUUGUUCGGUCCCAGGAUAUUGGUUGGCAGGGUGGGUGGAUGGAUGGCUUGGUGCAAUGCACUGCAUGCACACGACAACUCCUAAUAAAUCUAAUGAAUAAAAAUAAUAAACCUCACACACAUG